AGAAAAUCCAAAAAACAACAACGACAUCCUGGAUCCGAAGGGCAAGGAAAACGACGAAAAAAAGAGCAUGGUCUGGCUAUCCAUCACCUCGGUGAUUCCGCUCGGUAUUCUGUUGUUUGUCAUCGCAUAUCGUGUCAGGCUCAGGAAACCGAGAUCGACCUCCGAAUCGCCUGAUGAAGUCCCUGUGGAAUCAGUCGACAGUGAAGGAUAUCUUAUACCUUUGGCUGCGUUGGAAAGACGCAACUGGAUUUUUCCAGCGAUGAUGAAUUUGGAUAACGGAAGCUUAUACCAGGAUAUUGGAUUCGACGGACCACCGUAUGAUCCGAGAAAUCAUAUCGUAGGAGUUGCACAGUUCGCACAUUAUCUGGCGGAUGGACUCGCCAGUGGGCUACUAAGUACACAGUAUGAGCAUGUUUCAGAUGGCCCUCGCAAGUCAUGUGAGUACGGAAAACUCAUACCAAACCUCGCAAAGAAUAGAUCGAAAGACUCGAUAGCAUGUAAGUAUGAUAUGAGUGCGAUGAUGAAUAAUGAAAUCGAUACGUUACUUUCUCAAAAGUUGGGUCUGAAAAUUUCCGCCGUCGGAACAACAAUUCAACCCAAUGGUGUCGGUGUAACCGUGCUUAACCCUUUAGGCGGCAUUGACAUCAUUCCAUGCUUGAGUCAAUCGAUUCUUACAAAAAUGGCAACCCCCGGGUAUUUGAGGUCGCUAAUCAGUAAUUUGCCCUCAAACUAUAGAAAUUCGACAUGGCGGAUCCUGCAUGACGAACCGAUAUGCAAAAAUUGAUGUGAAUCGGAUGAGAUUCGGUACUUGGGGGUUUUCGCGUCAUUGCUAUCUUUCAAGUCAGCAGCAAGGAACCUUCAACAAGAAUUAUUUUCAACGCAGCGCCAGGCAAUUUAUAUUAGGUCCUUCCCUCCAAGUAAAGAGAUAACACUGUUGAAAAAACAACACUACUUACUACGCUUCGUGUUGAUCAACUUUACUCAUUCUUAUGACCUUUAGUGGGAUAUACGUCACUUACUUACAUAUUUAUUUCUGUGCGCAUGAAGGAUCCACUAUUUUGAAUUGAUGCGCUUUAAGAGCAGAUUCGUAAUCAGCGACCUCUGAAACCUGGGGUACCAAAUUUUUUGCACAUCCAAAUAUUUUUUUUUCUACGUUCGGAGAACUCGGCGUGAAAUUUUUUCUGCCGCUCAAAUUCAAUAUAGGUACUAUUGUGUUCGAUCGAUUACCAAGUGUGUCAUGUUCUCCUUUGUCAUGAAUGUCAGACGAUAGAACACGUGUUCGCCUCGAGAAGAUCGAUGAGGAUUCUUACUCCGAUUACAUAAAUGCAAAUUACAUACGGGGGUUUCAACAAAAUCCAACCUACAUCGCUACGCAAGGGCCAACUUCUAAUACGAUCAAUGACUUCUGGAGAAUGGUUUGGCAAGAAAAAACCAGCCUCAUCUGCAUGGUUACGAACCUUAUCGAAAAUGGAGAGGUACUUUGCGAGCAAUACUGGCCAGAGGUUCAGAAGAGGUUCAAGUAUGAAUUCGUCGUCGUCCUGAACGCGGGAGAGGUGAAGUUCGAUGAUUAUGUUCUGAGGACUUUCCAUGUACAGUGCGGCGUUGAGACGCGUGAGGUCACACACCUCCACUACACAGGUGCAUGGCCAAAUAAGGGAGUACUGACUUGUUCUUCUUCUUUGGUGUCGUACCUCGAAAGACUGCUCGCAAUACCUACCGAAGAAGGCCUCGUAGUCGUCCACGGCAGUUUGGGCGUUGGUCGAACUGGCGUCGUCAUUUUGUGUGACGUAUGCUUACGGCGAGCUCUUCAUGACAAGAUAAUCAACGUUCCGGCAGUGACGAUCAGGAUGCGUGAAGAUCGGGGCAAUAUGGUCGAAAGUGAACAUUAUUACCUGCUGGCUCAUAUCUUGAUUUCUGGAUAUUUGCGUGAAGCCGAAACGCAAGAUCAGUUUUACACUGAAAUACCAUAUUGAAUAUAUCGAUGUUCAUGCAGUUGGCUGCAAGUUAUAUGUAUAAGUCAACGUAUUCACGAAUUAUCGUACUGGACUUCUUUUGCUGAUCAGAUUAAAUGAAGGAUACAUGAUAUAUAAUUGAAAAACAGAACAGUCGGAAUCAGAAAACACUUUGAAUACGCAAAAUCAUAGUAGUUUAUGCUAUAAGUGCAGUGGGCGUUGACUGAAGAUUGCUAUCAGUCAACGCAGUGGGUGAUGAAUUAUUUGACAAUCGACUCGUUGCAACGUGAUAAAAACUAGCACCUGCGUCUUAUACCUUGCCGAAAAAUCGGGCGCUCGAAGGAUGGCUGCUGAAGCGGCGGGACCAGCCGGUGUGCGAUUGGAACGUUGAGCAGCGCAGCGAGAGCAAUGAGAAAAGAGGACCAAGGGCGAACGAGGCAAUGAUUAGAGAAUAAACAUAAAUAAAGUCGAAAUGAAGACGUUCAGACUUCUGCGGUGUGAACGACAAGAUGGUCGAGUUACCGCGUUGGGGUUCCAGCGUUCCGACCAAGCAUGUAUGGUCGGCUUGAUCGGCGAUUGAGAUUGUAACGCAACGAGUGCACAGAAUAAAUAGGUCCGUUGCAGAGAAAAGCGGUUCCAAAUAGGGCAGAUAUGCGGUUGCGCGUACUGGGAUCCUUGGCGCCCAGACCCAAAAGGUAGUGGUGGCGGCGUGGGCAUGAAGAUCUUUACGAGUUCUCGUGUGGGGUCCCAGUGAUGAGCGUGGGUGUGCGUAUGGCGUGCUUCGAUACUGCACUUCGCAGAGAUUGGUCCAGUGGUGAUUCGUGCCGGGAUGGCGAUAGCUGAAGUGCACGUGUGCGUCCACCCAGGUCCGAUCGUACCGCGAUGUGGAUUGCUCAUCAAGGAGAUAUAUUGUGAUUGAGGGAGGCAACUGUCGUUGGUUUUUUUUUUUUUUGACCCCAGCUCUCUCACGCCGUGUGAACCCGAAAGCGUCAAUGACGUCAUCGGCUGUCAUGUGUCGGCAUGGGUCCGGCGGAAUACUUCCAAAUCGAAUAAUGCCAAUAAGGCUGAGCAAUAUAACAUGCAGCUCAAAAAAAUAACGGAAAGUACGUUCAUAUAAGAUUGCAAGGAAAGCGAGUGAAAAUGACGUCGUUACCGUGAAUCCCGUACGUUGUCUAUCCGUUUGAAUUUGUUUUCAAUCCAGCUUCUCUUUUGUCGGCCUCAAGGUAUUGUAUGUCGUUCGGUUCAUGUAUAAGAAAUGGUAAAAUCCAAUCGACGUCGUAAAUGAUAAUUUUCACUUUGGAGUUGGUUAUGUAUCAUAUGGACACUCAUAAGGGAUAAAAAUAUGUGAAAUUCGCUCGGAAUCAGAUCAAAUGAGGUAGAGCCGCCAAUUAAGUUAUAACGUAUAGCUGAUCACCGAUCGAGUGAAAGUUACACUAAGAUCACGAACGCUCUCCUCGUUGGCUAUAGAUCUUCCACCCACAGUUUCCUAAUCACGGAACCUCCAGCCUCAUUUGAAUUCUUAGUAAAUAAUUUGUUACAGAACGGAAAUGAUAAUAACCAAAGUUGCGGGAAGUACAAUUUUUCAUCAGUUUGGUGGUAAUUAUUCUUACCGGUCCCAAUCCGUUUGACAGUACCUGAUCCAACCAAAAAAGAAACAAAAAUGUCAAACUGAAUUUCAUGAAAGUACUCAUGUGAUGUCGUUUGAUCGUGUGCCAGUUAGAUGAGGUCACCCGCCUACCUCCUCCCAUCUGAAUACAGCAUUUGUUUCGUGAUUCAAUCAGCCGCUUAGUUGCUUUCAGCAGACCUAAGAAGGUUUUUGUAUAAUUCCUGGAAUUUGCAAACCCCGAAGGAAAUUCACACUGUGGUGAAAAUAUAGUAAAGCCGAUGAUAAAACAUAAGAUAAGUACAUGCAUAGAUGUAUUGACGAAUUCUAGUGUAGCGAGAUGAAUGUAGACAGCGCGCUCGGCGAAAAUCUUUUUGCUUCAGGACGCUUUUUUACGUACAGAAUCACCUAAUACCCUAUGAUAUUGCUGAAUGCUACGCAGGUCAAUAUGUGAAUUUGAUGAAACUGCUCGACUUGACCGACCGAUAUAUGACCAAGCGAAAUUAGCUAUGUGACAUGAUGUCAUACACUGUAACGUGGCGAUUUCAGCUCCGUUACUACGGCACCCAAAUCUUCUGGAAAUUCCUUCCAUUUUUCAUCAAUAUUAUCAAAACCUGCAGAACACCUUAAAGAUUCACAAAGGCUAAAUUGACACGAGAGAUAUUGCCUACGUUAAACUAAUUUUUAUGUUAUUCCCGAAUACUCUCUCAUGUGACUCGACGCGCUAUGGACGGAUUAGAGCCACGGACAAUCUACGGCAACUGCCGGGGCCCUCUCCUCAAGGAAUCAGAUUCUGAAGUUAUCUCUAUCAGGCAACUACCGAUGUGGACGCUUAGUUAGUCUAGUCAACAUGUACUAUUUUUACGAAUUUUUGUUCAUCUUCUCCGAAAAUUAUGAUCCAGGUGUCAUUCGAUUCGGAAUAACACCUAGAAACUUUUUGAGAGAUUUCGAGUGGCGGGACAACAAAUUGCAAAAAUUAUGUGUGGAUAUUUUCUUUGACUCUGGGGUCUGCGUCGAUUAGGUAAAAAUUAUUAUACGGACAGAACACCAACCACGUGACAUCAAUAAGGACUCAAUAAAUAUAUUUAACAACACAAUUUUUUAUUUAACAGUCUACUAGGGUCGACUCGUAUCGUAGAUUAAAAGAUUGUUCAUUAAUGUGGAUCACUCGUGUACACUUAUUAUUUCUCUUUAUAAUUAUUAACUGUUGUUUACGUCGGUAUAUUAAAAUUUGAGUGAUCGAUUUCUGAGCGAGCUCGACCCCCUUACGUCUUAACACCUUAUGUCUUUCUCACCAUUAGCUUAUUGUCCAAUGUCCAAAAUCCACCUUCCUUCCCCACCAUUCUUCUUAUUCUUUCUCUCUCUUCUUUCUUUCUAUUACACCCGUUACAUUAUCCCCCUUUUAUUUUAUGAACAUUGAAAAUGUUUAUGAAAUAAACUUAAAUUGUGUGUUUUAUACUCUCGACCUUUUGUUUUUGU